AUGGUUUAUGAUGAAGAACCAGAUAAGAAAAUGGUGAUAUUAGUACCAUAUCCAGCACAAGGCCAUGUUACUCCUAUACUAAAACUAGCUUCAUUUUUGUCAACCUUUGGUUUUCAACCAUUGAUUGUUCUCCCAGAGUUUAUCCACCGUUCGAUCGUCACAAAAGUCAACGCAGCUACAAAGGGUGGGAUCGUGUGUGUGUCAAUCCCAGAUGGAUUAGAUGAGACUAAACCUUGUGAUUUCUUUGCCAUUGAAAAGGCAAUGGAAGAUCAUAUGCCAACUCAUCUUGACCGUCUGAUUCGUAAGAUUAAUAAAAAUGUUGAUGAUCAAAAUAUUGCAUGCAUGAUUGUUGAUCUUUUGGCUUCUUGGGCUAUUGACGUAGGAAAAAGAUGUGAUGUUCAAGUUGCUGGGUUUUGGCCUGCAAUGUUUGCUACUUUUUCUUUGAUUUCUUCUAUUCCUCGUUUGCAUCAAAGUGGUUUCAUUUCUGAUUCAGGGCUACCACAACUUGAAGGACCAAUUUCAUUUCAACAUGGUCAACCCCUUCUAAAUAUAGAAGAUUUGCCAUGGCUAAUUGGAACCCAAGCUGCUAAAAGAGCAAGAUUCAAAUUUUGGGCCAGAACCAUGGACCGGGCCAAAUCACUUAGAUGGCUCCUUGUCAACUCCUUUCCAAACGAAUCACAAACGAUAUGGGCCUCAAAAACAGACAACACUCCAAAAUUAUAUCCCAUUGGGCCGUUAAGCAGUAAUGGGCUUCAUGAAAGCCCAACCUUAUGGGAAGAAGAUGGAAGUGUUUUGGACUGGUUAGAACAACAAAAGCCCAAUUCAGUUAUAUACAUAUCAUUUGGAAGUUGGGUUAGCCCAAUAGGAGAGGCAAAGGUGAGAAGUUUAGCAUUGGCCUUAGAAGAGUUAAAAAGGCCAUUUAUUUGGGCUCUUGGGCCCACAUGGAGAGAUGGACUACCCAAAGGAUACAUUGAAAGAGUAGAGAAACAAGGGAAAAUAGUAACAUGGGCCCCACAAAUUGAAAUUUUGCAACACAAGGGUGUUGGAUGUUACCUUACACAUUGUGGAUGGAAUUCGACCAUAGAAGCCAUACAAUAUAAGAAAUGUCUAUUGUGUUUUCCGGUGGCCGGCGAUCAAUCGUUGAACUGUGAAUAUAUUGUUAAUGUUUGGAAAAUUGGUGUUAAGAUGAAUGGAUUUAGUAUGAAGGAUGUAAAUGAUGGUGUAAAAAUGGCUUUGGAAGAUGAAGAGAUGAAAAGGAGAAUAGAGGCGUUAAAUAUUAGGCUUAUGGGGGAAGAUGCAAUGAUGAAAGUUGAAGGUACUAUGUUGUGUUUCAUGAAUGAUCUUAAGAGACUUGAUAAUCCAUUAAAGUUUGACUUAUGA